AUGGCGCCCGCGACCGCCGCGGUCGAGAUCGACCCUCGGCUCCUCCGUCAGCUCGAGGACGAGUACGAGUCGCUGAAGAACGACCGGACGGGCCCGCCCGUGGACUUCGCGAAAUGGAUCCGCGGACGCCUCAAAGAAGCCAAGCACGCGGGCCUCAUCCGCGUCGCGCGCGCGGCGCCGAUAUCCCACGCGCUGCAGGCCGCGGACGCGACGCGCGCGAGCGGCAUGGCGCCUUCGAGCCGCCCGCCCGGGUACGACCCGGACAAGUACGUCCGCGUCGGCGGGAAGAUCUCGAGAGCGAAGACCGCGUCGCGGUCGCUCGGCGGCGGCGGCGACGCGCGCCCGGGACGCGCGGGGAAGGCGUCGUCGCGCGCGAGGACGGAGAAGACGAUCGCGGCGGCGACGGACGCGAAGCUCGUGCCGUCGUACGUGCCGCUCAUCUUCAAACCUGGGCCCGCGCCGAAAAAGACGAAAGCCGAGGCGUUCAUGGAGCGCAACGCGCCGUCCCCAGCGCCGCCGCCGCCGCCGCCGCCCGCGCCGCCCGCGGACGCGGCGCUGCCGAACGCCACGCAUCAUCACGUCCUCGCGCCCGCGGAGGCGGCCAGGGCGCGCGGCGUCGCCGCGUCCAUGGAGAUGCACGGCGGAACGCGCGUCUCGCCCGUCGUCGAAUCCAUCGACGACGACGCGCUCUUCGCGGGGCCCGGCGCGUCCUCGUCCUCAGGCGCCGCGCUGCCGUGGUUCAUGAACCGCCCGAGCGCGUACGUCGCGGGCGGGUCUCUGAAGCAGCGGGAACAGCCGGUCGUGAGAGGCGACGGCCGCGUCGACGCGGAUGUCGUCCAGGACGCGCUCCGAAAGUCGUGCGACGUCCCGCCGCCGCCGGAGAGAACGGGCGAAAGGGGCGUGUCGAGAGAGACGAGCGCGGGCGUCGGCGAGGCGGCGCGACGGAUCGCGCGCGCGACCGCGCUCGCGAGAGAAGACUUCGGGCGCGCGGCGCGCCUUGUGGACGACGACCCGGUGACGCUCGCGGAGAAGCAGCGCGCGCUGGACAGGGCGCUGAAGAAGCAGAAGAUUUUGACGGAGAAGAACAAGGCGCGUUCUUUCUCACACUGGUCCCCAUCCGACCGCAGAGUGUUGGCGGCGAGGAAGAAGGCCGCGGCGGCGGCGCGCGACGUCGAGAUCUUGCGCACGAGUGGGGAGAGCGCGAUGCGUAAGAGUCGCGAGGGGCGCGGCGCGGGCGCGGGCGCGACGCCGCCGGCGAAGCCGACGAGGGUGGAUUCGCCGAGCACGCUGCGCGAAGCCGCGGCGAAAUUUCUCUCCGACGUCGUCCUCGACGGACCGUCCGGCCUGCGUAAGAUCAGCGCUUUCGGGCACACGCCGGUGAAGCCGAAAGGGCCGACGUUCCUGGAGCGCAUGGCGAGGAGGGAGCAGGAAGUCGCCGCGAAGCGCGCGGCGCAGGCGGCGCGCCGGGCGAUGCGAGACGAGGCGCGAGGGAGGAAAAAACCAGAGUGGAACGACAGCUGCGCGGACGUCGGCGUCUGGGCGCCGCCGCCGGCGGCGGCGGCGCGCCCCAAGUCUGCCGCGUCCGCGACCGCGCACCAUAAACGCGCGCGACCGCGUCCGUCGAAGCUCCGUCAGCCGAGGCUGAAUAAGCCCAAGCUGAACAAGGACGGUCGGAUCAAGGCGCUGGACCCGCCGCGGUGGAAGACGCCGCCGUCGAAGGAGAAGAAGCCGCCGCGCGGGGGGCGCGACCGGCCAAUCAGCGCGCGCCACGUCGGUAUUACACCCACGUCAGCGUUCGAAGAGACGAUCAACGACGCGACGCUGCGGAUGCUCGACGCGGAGGUGACGAGGCUGUCGAAGCGGUUCGGCGCGAACGACGGCGACGGCGCGGCGGCGGCGACGACGUACCGACCGCCGGCGAAGACGAAAGCGCCGCCGCCGCCGCGCGCCAAGUCCGCGUCGUCCGCGGCGAACGCGCGGCCAAUUGACGGCGGCGACCCGAAGGACGAGAUCGCGGCGAUGCGGCGGCAGCUGGACGAGAUCGUCGCGCACCUGCGGCUUCAGCGCAUCGCGGACGACGACGGCGGCGGCGGCGGCGGCGGUCCGACGUCGUCGCGCGCCCCGGGCGGCGCGCGGCGCGACGGCUCCGGCGCGUCGACGCGCGCGUCCGCGGCGUUCUCGGACGCCGGAGGCCGCUUCGCUAGGGACGUCGACGCGUCGACGACGUCCUUCGGAUCGUCUCUCGACGUUACCCGCGCGUUGGAGGCGCUGCGUCGCGCCGAGGCGAGCGAAGUCGAGAUGCGCGCGCGGUGGGGGCUCUUCUCGCCGACGCAUCCCGCGCCCGCCGCCGGCGACGGCGACGACGAACUCGCGUCGCUGCGGUACGACGCGGAGGCGGGCGCGAGGGCGCUCGAGAGCGAGUUCGCGACCGCGGCGGAGCGCGCCGCGGAGCUGGUGUCCAGGUCGCUCGCGGAGGCGGCGGUGGAGACGAUCGAUGCCGCCGCGGAUGAAGAUUUCGUCGCGCGCGUGUGGGAGGCGCGCAACCAGUACGUGAAGUGGCAGGCGAUGAGUGAUAACGCCGCGGCGGGAGGCGUUACGGGUCCGGGCGGCGAAAUCGAGGUCGUGUCCCCGGAGUUUACCCCCGUGGACGUGAACGAGGAGGUGGCGGAGCGUCUGUUGAACGGAUUGGUACGCGACGUCGCGAGGGAGCUCGACGGCGCGUGCGAGGACGCGACGGGCCGCGUUCUCGCCGCGGAGUUCGGCGCGGGCGCGAGGGAGGACGAGGAUACGGUCGCCGGCGCGCUGUUGAUGGACGACGCGUACGAGGAGGCUGUCGCGCGGGCGUAUUGA